GCGUGCUCUGCAGUCCGCGGCCGCCGCGCUCCGAGCCCGCGCUGCUGCGCGCCCAGGCUGCAGAGUUCCCCCGGGGCCCUCGUCCCCGUUACGGGGCUGGCGCAGGGCGGGCCCAGUGCUCUCUAUGCCGCCAGCCCCGGGGCUGCGGAGCCGGCCGGUUGGCUCCUGCGAUGGCGGCGGAAGGGGAGGCUGCGGCGAGAGAAUGCUGAUAGAAAAGAACGAGUGCAUUGCUCCCAUGGUUUCCAGUUAUGUAAGCCCAUGGACAAAACCAACAGCUAUCGGAUCCCUCAGCCCACAUGUGACAGAGCUCCCAAGAAAACGAAAAGGAAGUGAUUCAGACCCAUCCCAAAAGGAAGAUGGUGAACAACACGUACAAAUGAAGUCCUUCAGAGAAGCUCAUAGUCAAACUGAAAAGCGGAGGAGAGAUAAAAUGAAUAACCUGAUUGAAGAACUGUCUGCAAUGAUCCCUCAGUGCAAUCCCGUGGCACGUAGACUGGACAAACUGACGGUUUUAAGAAUGGCUGUCCAACACGUGAGAUCUUUAAAAGGUAUGACUAAUUCUUAUGCAGGAGAUAAUUAUAGACCUUCAUUUAUUCAGGAUAAUGAGCUCAGACACUUAAUCCUUAAGACUGCAGAAGGCUUCCUAUUUGUGGUUGGAUGUGAAAGAGGAAAAAUUCUCUUCGUUUCAAAAUCAGUCUCCAAAACACUUAAUUAUGAUCAGGCUAGCUUGACUGGACAAAGCUUAUUUGACUUCUUACAUCCAAAAGAUGUUGCCAAAGUAAAGGAGCAACUUUCUUCUGAUAUUUCACCAAGGGAGAAGCUGAUCGAUGCCAAAACUGAUUUGCAAGUUCAUAGUAAUUUCCACAGUGGAAGGAGUCACGUGUAUUCUGGCUUGAGACGAUCCUUUUUUUGUCGGAUAAGGCGUUGCAAAAUCUCUGUCAAAGAAGAGCAUGAAUGCUUAUCCACCUCAAAGAAAAAAGAUCAUAGAAAAUUCUGUACUAUCCAUUGCACUGGUUACUUGAGAAGCUGGCCUCCAAAUAUUGUUGGAAUGGAAGAAGAAAAGGACAGUAAGAAAGACAGUAGUAAUUUUACCUGCCUUGUUGCCAUUGGAAGGUUACAUCCAUAUAUUGUACCACAGAACAGUGGAGAGAUUAAAGUGAAACCAACUGAAUUUAUAACCCGGUUUGCAAUGAAUGGGAAGUUUGUCUAUGUGGACCAAAGGGCAACAGCAAUUUUAGGAUACCUGCCUCAGGAACUUUUGGGAACUUCUUGUUAUGAAUAUUUUCAUCAGGAUGACCAUAGUAAUUUGACUGACAAGCACAAAGCAGUUCUACAGAGUAAAGAGAAAAUCUUUACAGAUUCAUACAAGUUCAGAAAGAAAGAUGGCUCUUUUGUAACUUUAAAAAGCCAGUGGUUUAGUUUCACAAAUCCUUGGACCAAAGAACUGGAAUAUAUUGUGUCUGUCAACAAUUUAGUUUUGGGACAUAGUGAGGUUAGAGAAGCAUCGUUACUUCCUUGCAGCUCUCAAUUAUCAGAAGAAUCCUCAAAACCAUCUUAUAUUAAUGUACCUGGAAUGUCUACUGGAAUAGUACUUGGCCCUGGUAGUAUUGGAACAGAUCUUGUAAAUGAAGCCCUGGACUUACAAAGGUUACAGUCUUCUUCCUCCCUUGAGGACUCAAGGCCAGCAGAUUUAAUGAAAGAUUCUCACACUAUAAACUACAGGAAAGUAAGUACGAUGUCAAAUAAGGAGCCGAUUCCACGAAAUCCUUCUGAAAUAGGGGAGCCAGAGGCUCCAAGGCAAAACCACAGUGCUGUUCCUUCCCAUAGUCACGAGCCACUCCUUGGCCAAGGUGCCCAGCUGGAUUUUGAUGCCCUGUGUGACAAUGACGACACAGCCAUGGCUGCCUUCAUGAAUUACUUUGAAGCAGAAGGGGGCCUGGGAGACCCUGGGGACAUCAGUGAUAUCCACUGGACACUCUAGCAUUUGAUUUUCUAACUCUAAAAAUUAGGAAUGUGAUAAAGCAUUUCAUUUACAAAAAAAAAAAAAAAAAAAAAAAACAAAACUGUACAAUCUUCUGCUCUGUAUUGAUACUGUUCUUAUCUUUUAUUCCUAUUAAUGGUCUACCAAUUUUUAUAGAUUUGCACCUUUCACAGCAGUAUGGGGGAAAUGUGAGGUUUCCCUUCACAAAGAAUGGCUCAGCAUUUCCUACAGACCCCUUGGCUCACUGAAAUGGCUUAAAACCCACUAGUUGCUGUAUUUUUGCUAAAAUAUUUCUAACCAAGAAUAUCACAUACACUUUGUUUUGGUUUUGUUUUUA